AUGAAUAUGGAUUUAGUUUUGUUUAUUUCCUUGAUCUGUUUGUUAUUUGGUUGUAGUAAUAAAUUAUACGCCUUAAGGAAUGUUACAGUGAAAACAGAGCCGGUGUCUGAUAAAUCCUCUAUAGUUAAUAGCUUGAUAAGUUACAAAGAAGAAAUUGAUUCGCAAAUAAAGAACUUCAAAAAAUAUUAUGAAUUACCAAAUGAGAUGGAUUUUGAAUUAAAGGAAUUAUGGGAUUUAGUAAAUAUAGUAAGUGAGAGCCAAGAAAGUCAGAUGAAAGAAUUAUUUAAUUUUUCACAUUCUUUAGAACAAAGCAAAUUAUCACUUUUUAAAAUGUUAAGUGAAUAUGAAAAUAGAAUUGAUCAGUUAGAAUAUAAUAUAAUGGAAAAAAAAAUAUAUGAUCCAUUUAUUGAAAAAUUUAUAUAUCCUAUUUCAAAAUAUUGGUUAAAAUUAGAUUUUAAUAAUUUAAGAUCCUAUUGGAAAUAUGAAAAUAAUAAAAAUGACUUUUCAAUAAUUCAAGCAAAUAAUUUAUCCAAUAUAAAUAUUCCUGCUACUAUUUUGUUGCUAAGACAUCAUAAGUUAAUAAAUGGAUAUAUAAAUGUGGACAUAAAACCCUUAUUUGACGAUGUAAAGGAUUUCAAACAAUCAUCCUCAGGUAUAAUUUUCGAUUUUGUAGACUAUUCAAAUUAUAGAUAUAUAGAAUUAGCUUUUAUAAAUAGUGAUGGCAUUAUCAGUGUUUAUAAUGUCGUAAACGGACUUGGAACCAAGAUUGUUUCGAAACAGGUUGAGGCCGACCCAAACACAUUCACAACCAUAACUGCAGAAUUUCUCUUCAACAAAAUAAAUGUUUUUUUAAAUUAUAAAAUGAUUAUUGAAAUAAAAAUAACAAAUCAGAUGAUAGAUAUUAAUGUAGGAUUAUUUAGCAAGAUUGGAAAAGCUGAAUUUAAAAAUAUAUUAAGUGGAAAUAUAGACAUAGAGAAGUUGCUAAGUCGUAAACUUGUUGAAUCUAAUGAAGAGAAUAUAUCAAAAGUAAAUAUGGUAAAUUCUUAUCGUUUUCUAAAUAAAAUGAAUAUAGAUAAUUUAGGUGUAUAUGAAAUACCAUAUAAUUAUAAUAUGAAGGAUUAUGAUAAUUUUGAAGAUAAUAUUAUUGAUAACGUAUAUGCAGUUCCUGAUUCGGAUUCUUAUUAUGAUGAUGAAAAUAUAACAGGUUGGGUAAAAAAUAAGAACAUAAAUAAUAAUGAAUUCGAAAAUAAUUAUAUGUCAAAUAAGAAUAUUAACAAUAUACCUAGUUCAUGUACUAAUUAUAAUAGCAGUCAUAAUAUUUUUUAUUUAACUGAAUUUAUAAUAAAUAAUAGUUCUGCACUUAAUUGGAAAAUUACCAAUGAAUUUGGAAUACAACGUAUUCAUUUUAAAAAUGACUAUAAAAAAAAUAUUUUUAAAGCAUCUUUAGUUUAUAAACAUAGUACAUGUAAUUCAGUUACAAUUUCUUCCUAUAUCAAAUUAGAAUAUAAUAGUGAAGCUGGAUUAAUAUUUAGAUAUGAAAAUCAUAAUAAUAUGUAUAUCUUAAUAAUUUCUACAAAUAAUAAAGAAAUUCUUUUGAAAAAAAUUAUAAAUGAUAUACCCACUAUCAUAAAAAGUAAAUAUAUUCAAAAUAUUAAUACAUAUCAAAGACAUCAUUUAUUAAUUAAUGAUCACGGAGAAAAUGGUCAUAUAUCAAUCUUUUUAAAUAACAUAAAAAUAUUUUCAAUUAGUAAUGAAAAUUAUUAUAAAUCAAGUUUUUAUGGUUUAUAUGUUCAAUCUGGGUACGCAGCGUUUGAUACAUUCCAAAUUGAAGCACACAAAAAAAAUGAAAAUGGAAUAAAUAUAAAUAAAUAA